AUGGCGACUUUGUUGUCUAAGCGGAGAUCAAAAGUACCGAAAAAGGUUGAAUACAGAAGAGGCUGUUUCCGAUCGUGUGUGACAAUGUUCGUGUAUCCUCUUCCCGCAGCUCUCUUUUUCAUGAUCCUGAUGUUGGUGUGGUCUUCCUCCACCACGUAUAUUUCAGGCAGGAUCGUUCAUGUGUGUGUCUCUUCUCGUAAGCUGAGCAACCUCUACUGUCUCUCAGCCACCACACAACCGAACGCGGAAUUCCAUCUUCCAUUCACGAAUUCCACUUCUCAAGAAUUUCUUGAUAAAGAGAUUCCUGUUCUUGAAGAAAAAGUAGAAAAAGAAAAGAGUUUCUCGCUUCCUGUCUUGGAUGACAAUUCUGUUAACCGAAACCUCCAAGGUGAUUCCAAAGAAGUUUCCAGUGACGUUGUUCAAAACCCGAGUCCUUUACUUGAAAAAAGAGCCACGAAUGAUGGGGUUGAGGUAACGAGUGACCUCAAAGACGACUCCAAAGAAGUUCCCGAAGCUGCGGUUGACAACCCACCUGCUAUACAGGAGAAAGAAGUCGGGAGUGAUGUGGCUGAGGUGAUGCCAGACCUUAAAGGCAAUUCCAAGGAAGUUUCUAACGUCAAUCUUGAAAACCCUAAUCCUCAGAACGAUUGGAUUGAGGAGAUCAAGAAAGCAAGGAAAGAAGUGGAAGAGCAGUUACGAGUCCAGAGGUCAUGGAUCACGAAUACAAAUCAGAAUCAGAACCAGUGUGAAGGACGAGGAAUCUAUGUCUAUGAGUUGCCACCGAAGUUCAACAAGGAGUUGGUGGAUCAGUGUCACAACAUGGUUCCUUGGGUAGACAUGUGUAAGUAUUUUAGCAACAACGCAUUGGGCGAGCCCAUACCACAGCUCGGGAAUCGUUGGUUCCGGACUCAUCAGUACUCGUUGGAAUUGAUAUUCCAUUCCCGAGUUCUAAACCAUCCAUGCCGUGUUUACGAUGAAAACCAAGCGAAACUCUUCUAUGUUCCAUAUUAUGGUGGAUUAGACAUCUUGAGAUGGCAUUUCAAGAAUGUUUCUAGCGAAAUUAAGGAUUCUUUGUCUUUGGAACUCUUAAAUUGGCUCGAAAUGCAAAAGCCAUGGGAUAAGAACCUAGGCAAAGAUCAUUUCUUUGUUUUGGGAAAAAUUUCAUGGGAUUUCAGGAGGAAGGAGCAUACUAAAUGGGGGACAAGAUUUCUCGAGCUUGAAGAAAUGCAAAACCCAAUAAAGCUCAUGAUCGAACGACAACCAUGGGAGAUUAAUGACAUCGGAAUCCCUCACCCAACUCACUUCCACCCACAGUCCGAUGCUGACAUCCGUUCAUGGCAACGUACCAUCAUCUCAUCAAACCGGCGAAGCCUUGUCAGCUUCGCUGGCGCCGCCCGUCCCGGCGCCCUAGACAACAUUAGGUCUAUACUGAUAGACCAAUGUACAUCAACAACCGAAAAACACUUAGUUUUCGACCCGUUUACGGCAUACUAUCAGUAUCCAUGGCAUUUGCCCGAGGAUCAUGAGAAGUAUUCAGUAUUUGUGGAUCAAGAAGAGGUAAGGAAGAUGAAGGUGAAUGUAGUGGAAAGAUUGAUGAAAGUGACAUUGAAGGAGAGGGAUGAUAUGAGAAGAUAUAUAGUCUAUGAAUUGAUGCCAAGAUUAGUAUAUGGAGACCCAAAUGCAAAAUUUGAAUUGUUUCAAGAUGCAUUCUCUAUUACAAUCAAUAACCUAAUCGAAAGGGUUAAAGAGGUGCGAAUCUUAAAGUGCAGACUGGCUAUCAAACAAAAAGGUCAAGCUCUCUUCUUCUCCCUUCUUUCCUCGUGUAGCCAUUAUCCUCCGAUCAGUCAACCAGACAUGGCAAACAAACAUAAAUCAAUCCAUGAUUUCACAAUCAAGGAUGCUAAUGGAAAUAACGUGGAUCUUGGCAUCUACAAAGGAAAAGUUCUACUUGUAAUCAACGUUGCCUCCAAAUGUGGAUUGACGAAUUCCAACUAUGAUGAAUUAAAUCAACUCUAUGCAAAAUACAAAGAUGAAGGUUUGGAGAUCUUAGCGUUUCCAUGCAAUCAAUUUGGGGAAGAGGAGCCUGGGAGUAACGAACAAAUUCUAGAGUUUGUUUGCACUCGAUACAAAUCAGAGUUUCCCAUUUUUGACAAAAUUGAAGUGAAUGGUGAUAAUGCUGCACCAGUAUACAAGUUCUUGAAGUCUGGAAAAUGGGGGAUCUUUGGGGAUGACAUUCAAUGGAACUUUGCAAAAUUCCUGGUUGAUAAGAAUGGACAACCUGUCGAACGUUACUACCCCACAACUUCACCCCUCACAAUCGAGCGAGAUGUGCAGAAACUCGUGGGUGUCUUGGAUGCUUCAUCAUAGAAUCACAAAAGGCUUUUGUUUCCAUGAGAGAUUAAUGUGUAAUGGAGUUUGAACUCAUGGAGUCUAUUUAUUAACUUUGACAUUUCAAAACAACAUCGUUUUAGCAUUUCUUAAUUUUUAGUUGAAAGCUUAAGAGAAGUGGCUAUAUUUUUUUAGCAAAGUUUCACAAUACACACAUGUAUGUACACGAGAACACAUUCACACAAGUGAAUUUUCUGUAAA